AUGGAUUGGCAGUCUAACCCAAUUUCUCAUUCUCCUACUGUCAAUGGCCUCCAGGAAGCACUUGCUUUAUUUCCAUGCCCAGAAAAUAUUGCUAAUACUGCUGAAUCCAGCAAGCAUUGGAAAUCAGCGCUGAUCUCACUGUUGGCACACAAAUUUCAUACAGAUGGCAACCACUUCCAAUUGGACGCCAGAGUCGGUUUUCAUCCUCUUACUGUUGAUCACUACCACACAGGAUCCUCAAAGUUUGAGAAAAGUAGUCAAAGCACCAAGUAUCAGAACUGGCAGGCACAUACUGAACACAUAAAAAUGAUUUUGCACAAUGUCUUGGAUCUGUGUAUGCUACUGGAUAUGUUAACAGGUGGUUCAACAGUCUUUUUACACCAUCCUGGCGCAGUAGCUCCCAAGUCCACAAUCAUUCCGCAAAUGCUUAACACCCAUGUCUAUGCCAACCCGAAAAUUCUUGCAGAACACCCCGAACUUCAUGUUGUGAUUGCACAGAUCUCCCAGUUGUUUACUGCCCACUAUGCUAUUCCAUUGGCUCAAUCAUUUGCCGCUCAUUGUUAUUGUGCUAGGUGGUCGAGUUCAUCUGCUCAGGAUGCAUAUCCGCAAGCAAACAGGAUGGAUGACUCAAAGUUACUGCUUGUUCCACCUCCCAUCACUCCAGGUUCAUUGCAUUUUGUAAUCCCUGGAUGUCCAAUGGAUACCCUUCAUCAGUUACUUUCCUGCCCUCAGCUCUUAUCAUAUCUCCCCAAAUCAGACACCGGUUGCAUGCACUCAAACACAGAGAAUACCCGUAAGGGUGGAUCAAGCAUCAAAGCUGCUGAUUAUGCUUUCAAUUAUGAUGCUGAGCCCUCUCUUGCUGCUGUGCCCUCAACACCAGUUGCUGAAAGAACAGUGAAAAUACCUGCAACUGAACCACCUCUUGUAUCAUUCAGCGCUGAGACGGAGAAUGUUCUGGAAGUCCUUGGUUACCCAGACACUUUUCACCGGAUUUCAAAGGAGCUUCAGCAGCAAUUGGCCGAAUGCCGGCAUGCUAAGCAACUUGAUGAAGAUCAAGAAAUUCAAGCAGUUCUCAACUACCUCGAGAUGAAGGCAACAGAACUCGCUUUGAAAUUUAAGCAGCCCCGACAUCAUUACCUUGAAUGUUUUUCACUAGGCUCUGCACCUCACCACCACAAACGCAAUAAGACCAGUGCUUGGCAUGCAUUUUUGCAUUUCAAAGGCGAUAAUGGACAGUCUAAUAUAGUAGACCUUGUGAAAGACAAGGCUGAAUAUCACUCCCUCAAGAAGGCUGAGAAGGAGACACUUAUCAAGGAAUUUGACCAGGUUAAGGCCAGCACAAGCCAGCGUCCUCCCACCAUAACUGCUCGUUCACGUGCAGCUGAGUGUGCAUGUAGUUUUCAAUUUGUCAAGGAAGAGCUUGAUGCUUUAAAGCAGUGCAUGGGUGUAGAGGCCAUAGUCCUCAUGGUCCGCAGGGUUUCCGACUUUGCUAUGGCACCAAAAGCUGUUUUUUCAAGUGCUGCUGCUGAGCAGUUUGUUCACUUAUAUCUACGGAAGGACAUUGCGCAGCUUGCAACAGAGUUUGAAAGCACCAUCCUGGCUAAUGGUGUCAUCCUCAGUGAACUCACUGGUGAUGCAAAAGCCUCUGUCAAGUUCAUGCACUACGAGGUUUGUGUGGUCCAGUGCUAUUUGGUAAAGCUUGUCGGAUGGAACCACCCGCAAUGGCUCAAUCCUUCAGACUUGAAAGGGGGCCUCAACGCCCUCAAGAAAGUUGUGGAGGCCUUGUCAAAGGGGACAUGCCAUUUCGUCAAGAUCACUCAAGAUGAAGUCAAAGAACGGCAGUGCCGUAUUGCUGCUGGGGAGAAACUCACCCCAGAGUUAGAACCACCUGUGCCUCUCAAUGACAUUCCUCUCAACGACAUUCUUCCUAGCGCAGCCUCAAGCCAGGCAACACAGGCUGAUCACGACCCUUUUGACAAUACCUCAUCUACUGAAGUUUAUGACCUCAUUGAUCCUGUCCUUCGGACCUCUGAUAAUUCAGUGGCAUCUCAGACGACUGCUGAAGACAAUGUUCUCAUGGCAACCACAAAUACUUGCAAGUGGGUGCAAGUUCAGCCAUUGGAAGGACAAUCAGGAUGGGAAAAGCAUGCGCGGAAGCUCACAGAAAGAGCACAGGCAUUCUGGGAUGAUUCAGGCAAAGAUAAUCAGAUAGCACCAACUGCUGCAUCAGGCCGAAGAAAGAACCAGAGCAUCUCAAAGCAAAAGAGCUCUCAGCUUGUGCUGUCUGACCUGGAGAACGCUUAG